CUGGGGUAUGGCCGUCAAUGUGUACUCCACAUCUGUGACCAGUGAAAAUCUGAGUCGCCAUGAUAUGCUUGCAUGGGUCAAUGACUCCCUGCACCUCAACUAUACCAAGAUAGAACAGCUCUGUUCAGGGGCAGCCUACUGCCAGUUCAUGGACAUGCUCUUCCCUGGCUGUGUGCACUUGAGGAAGGUCAAGUUCCAAGCCAAACUAGAACAUGAAUACAUCCACAACUUCAAGGUGCUGCAAGCAGCUUUCAAGAAGAUGGGUGUUGACAAAAUCAUUCCCGUAGAGAAAUUAGUGAAAGGAAAGUUCCAAGAUAAUUUUGAGUUUAUUCAGUGGUUUAAGAAAUUCUUUGACGCAAACUAUGAUGGAAAGGAUUACAACCCUCUGCUGGCGCGGCAGGGCCAGGACGUAGCACCACCUCCUAACCCAGGUGAUCAGAUCUUCAACAAAUCCAAGAAACUCAUUGGCACAGCAGUUCCACAGAGGACGUCCCCCACAGGCCCCAAGAACAUGCAGACUUCUGGCCGACUGAGCAACGUGGCCCCACCCUGCAUCCUCCGGAAGAAUCCCCCAUCAGCCCGAAAUGGUGGCCACGAGACUGAUGCCCAGAUUCUUGAACUCAACCAGCAGCUCCUGGACUUGAAGCUGACAGUGGAUGGACUGGAAAAGGAACGUGACUUCUACUUCAGCAAACUGCGUGACAUUGAGCUCAUCUGCCAGGAACAUGAAAGUGAAAACAGCCCCGUUAUCUCGGGCAUCAUUGGCAUUCUAUAUGCUACCGAGGAGGGAUUUGCACCCCCUGAGGAUGAUGAGAUUGAAGAACACCAACAGGAAGACCAGGACGAGUACUGAGGGUGGCGCCAGCCCUGGCUGACUGCGCAGCUUCCCAUGCCUACCCUCUCGCGCCCAUCCCCACAUUAUAAUCCUUUCCUUACAGCCAGUCGGCCUGCCGGGUGCUUUGUGUCAGUGCCCCAGCAUGGGGGAGCCGGGCAAAUGGGGCUUGGGAGGUGUUUGGGUAGUGGGCAAGCAGAGGCCCCAUCUGGGCCCCCCAAGUGGCACUGGUCCAGGGGGCGGGACCCUUGCCCACUCCCCACCCCUAUUUAUUUCCGUUGUCUCUAUACUGUGUCGGCCAACACUUCCCAGGGUGCUGGUGCCACCUGACAGCCAGCCACCUGCUGUAUAUUUGACAAAAUCAUUGGUAUAUUUUUACUUACUGGAUCAUCCUUGCACUUUACCUGUUCUUUUCCGGGCUGACAGCAGGGCUGGGGCAGCGUGCCUGGCUUGGCUUCCCUUCCCCAGAGCCAAGGCCAAGGCAGGACUUGCCAAUUCUUAUUUAUUUUGUCUUUUAACUUCCUAGUAGUUGAGGGGAAGGCUGAUACCAGGAGAGGGAGAGGGAGCUAAGGAGAGAGUGGUGUGGGCCCAGGGGUCAGGGAGAGGGAGGGGAGCAUGUAAGGGACAGAAACUACCCACUGGCACUGGGCUCAUCCGCCUGAGAUCCCUGCCCCAGCACCGAAGCCCAGCACUGUCCCAAGGCCCCAUCCACUCCCUCCUGCAGCCUGGUUCAUACCACACAGACUCUGCCUGGCGCCCACUGUCCAUCUGCCCUCAUCUGCCCGCCUCCCACCCCUGCCCCUUGGGCACCAGCCUGCAUAUGUGUUCAUUUUUAUUUAAAUAAAUUCGUGUGGUAAAAGUCCAUUCCCUGUCUCCCUCAACUGA